CCUGAGGGCCAGUCUGUAUGUGCUAUCAUGCCAAUUCUUAUGUCAAUGAUUGUCAUGGCUUGACAAUGUGCAAUGGAGUUCGCAAGAGCGCAAACCAUCUAGGACCAAAUAAUGUUUUGAGUGAAUUUUAUAGGCUAUCCUUUGUGGAGAAUGACUGCAUGUUAAGUAUGUAUUUGGUCAUCUGAUUACUGCAAUCUUCUUUACGGGUUGAUGUAAUGACAAUGUGAACGAUUGAAAAAGCUGAUGUCAACUCAAUGUACAGAAGACAUUGUGAUAUAAAAGGCAAAACUGACCACAGGUCAGCACUGAUGCUCUUGAGACAUACAGUGCAGCCCUUGGUUCCCUCCUGUCCAUUAUCUUAAAAUCGAAGCUGAUCCUAGAUCAGCACCUCUCCUCAGUCUUGUUACAUGCAGCCCCAGAUCUGUGGGAAGUCAUGCAUAAUGCCCCCAUCUGCAUGCUCCAUGAAGAAUAUGAAGCAGUGUCAUGCACUGUGGACAGACAGCAGUCAUCUGUUUAAACCCAUUAGGGGGCGCCAAAAGACGGGGUUAUUCAGUUCAUUCUGUACUUGUGUGAGUGCCUUAACAGGGGUCUGCGGAAUGGGAAGAAAAUGGCCCCCUUUCACUGAGAUCUCUUUCUUUGUCAUGUUUUGUGGAAUGUGACCAUUAUUCCAUCUGUAUGCUUUUUGGGCAUUAUGAAAAUUAUAUGCUAAACCCCGUCCUUGAAUUUGAGCCGAUGCAUAAGAAAUGGGGAAAUGACGGCUAAACAUCAAUUUCACAAAUGACAAGUCAUAUAUUUUUGUUACGUGCAAUUACAGACAUGUCUAGCAUGCCCAAUCUAAAUGUAAGAAGAAGAACUCAAAUGUAAUGUAGAGCAGAUCAUUUACAUAACCGUAUUUGCAAGACAACAAUGAAAUGGGGCUUACUACUGUGUAAUGCAAUAUUUAAUUCAAAUGGGAGAGGCCACAACAGAAUGCAGGCGAGUUGAAUGCCGCCCUCUUAUGGCCCAUUUCAGCAGCGCUCGCGUGCGCACAUCAAAGCCUCCUCGCGGGUUGUCGAGAGGAAUGGAGAAGCCAGCAAGCGCGUGCAGUUACACCUUGUACACAGAUGGCCGUGUGACUCCUAUCUUGUAAAUUAUGUACAUAAAGUAACGUCUGAAGGUAUCUGCAUGUAUAAGUGUAUAUACAUUUAUGUCGCAUCAUCUGGGUGGCACAUACCGUUAGACCUCCUGCCUGCUCUAGUGUAGAUUUAGAAAGACUCGACUCUAGUUGGGAUUUUCAAACUUGGAUUUACCGACACGCACUAAUGGUGAAGCUCAAAUUUGAAAAAGGAUAUCAUUUGAAAAUGAGUCGUAUCUUGCAUAAUCUGAUGGAAUAUUGCUGUUAAAAUCAUUAAAGGCAAUGAAGUGAAAUUUAAAGGUCGCUUGAGCAACGUUUGAAAUAAUUUGUGUAGCUACAUAACGGAAUAUAAAUUAUAGGGCUUGUUUAGCUAGCUUGCUAGCUGUCUGGGUUACCAGUUUGCCUAAAAAAAUCAGAACGGACGUCACGAGAUGAUACAUUUAGGAUUUACCUGAGGAGAUUCACCUUAAGACUUUGACAGAGAAGAUUAUCUAGAAGAGGAGGAAGAGGUAGCUUCCCUCAGCUUCCCUCUCUUUCCCAGAGACAUUAAACACUUUCUUCUGCCUCAGCGUGUGUAUAUAGUAAGGUUGGCUGAGGCGAGGCUUUAUUGAGGUGCCUAUUGAGUUUAGUCCCCUUGGUAAGGUGCACAGGAAAGGGUAUGCACUUUAGGAGAUGGAGAGAAAGAAAGUAAGGACAGAAAUCUAGGACGGAGUGGAGAUAAGAAGCACUGUGCUGCUCAUCCUCUUUAUGCCUCUGUAAAGACUCUAAAGAAAGGAGAGAGGAGGACGGGAGCCUCUAGUGGCAGGGCCCAGCCCCGUAGUCACCAGCAACACUGGAACAACAGCAGCCAGAGAACCUAGAAGGUGGGUAAGAAGAGGACCACAGAAAGAGAGGAGAGACGGGGACUGAACAAGAACCAGAGGGUCGGAGGAGGAGAGGACGGGGAGCAGGAGGGGCAUCCCCAUGGCGACGGACCCUGGAGAACCCACGGGGACAGAGGACUCCUCAGAGAAAACUGAUGGAGCGCGAGAGGAGGAGACGGAGCAGGAGGAUGGCAGGAGGGAAAGGACGCAAAGUACCCCCUCUGACUUCCCCUCCUCCCAGGCUCAGGAGAGGAGAGCCGCCGAGGGUAGGGAUACAGGAGAAGGACCAAGAGGAGGCGGAAGUAGAGGAGGUCGAGGAGAGAUGGAGGACAGAGAUGUUAAGGAAGAGGAGAUACCUCCGUUUAGACCUAUGUCUCUCUCCACACCCUCAUCCCCGGCUGCGACCGUGGUGGCUUCAGGGUCAGGAGGUCACGGGCCGAGGCUGAGGAGAGAGAAGCGUUUCUUCAGGAAGAGUGUGGAGAUCUGCGAGGAGGAGGACGAGGUAGCGGCAGACCCCCCAGAGGUGUCCCACUCCGCCCCCCACCUGGAUUCAGUCUUCACCCUCACCGGGGCCCAGGCCGCUACCGCCACCGCCGCCUCAGCUUCCGCAGCCCUAGGACACGACACCGCUCACCAUGACCCAUCCAGCCCCAGCACCACCCAGGACCCCGGGGCCAAGGACACCCCCUCCUCCGCCCCUGCCCAGACGGGGAAGGAGAGGGACAGGGAGCAGGAGGAGGAGGCAGAGAUGAAGGCCGUGGCCACCUCGCCGGGGGGGAGGUUUCUGAAGUUUGACAUUGAGCUGGGGAGGGGAGCCUUUAAGACCGUUUACAAAGGCCUAGACACUGAGACCUGGGUGGAGGUGGCCUGGUGCGAACUACAGGACCGUAAGCUGACCAAGGCGGAGCAGCAGCGUUUUAAGGAGGAGGCAGAGAUGCUGAAGGGGCUCCAACAUCCUAACAUUGUCCGUUUCUAUGACUCCUGGGAGUCAGUGCUGCGAGGGAAGAAGUGCAUCGUCCUGGUCACCGAACUCAUGACCUCGGGGACACUCAAAACGUACCUGAAGCGCUUCAAGGUGAUGAAGCCUAAGGUCCUGAGGAGCUGGUGUCGUCAGAUCCUGAAGGGCCUCCAGUUCCUCCACACCCGGACCCCUCCCAUCAUUCACAGGGACCUGAAGUGUGACAACAUCUUCAUCACGGGCCCCACCGGCUCCGUCAAGAUAGGAGACCUUGGACUGGCUACUCUCAUGAGGACUUCCUUUGCUAAGAGUGUCAUAGGUACUCCUGAGUUCAUGGCUCCAGAGAUGUACGAGGAACAUUAUGACGAGUCAGUGGACGUCUAUGCCUUUGGGAUGUGCAUGCUGGAGAUGGCCACCUCAGAAUACCCCUACUCAGAGUGCCAGAAUGCUGCACAGAUCUACCGUAAAGUCACCAGCGGUAUAAAACCAGCUAGCUUUGAUAAAGUCAAUGACCCAGAGAUUAAAGAGAUCAUUGAGUGCUGCAUCCGCCAAGACAAGAAUCAGAGGCUGUCCAUCCGGGACCUGUUGACCCACGCCAUCUUUGGGGAGGACACUGGGGUGCGUGUGGAGCUGGCGGAGGAGGACAUGGGGUAUCAGGAGUGUCUGGCCCUCAGGAUCUGGGUGGAGGAUCCCAAGAAGCUGAAGGGCAAACACAAAGACAACGAGGCCAUUGAGUUCAGUUAUGACCUUGAGAAUGACAGCGCAGAAGAGGUGGCUCUGGAGAUGGUGAAGUCGGGCUUCUUCCAUGAGAGCGAUGCUAAAGUGGUGGGGAAAUCCAUCCGCGACCGUGUCACGCUCAUCAAGAAGUCCCGUGAGAGACGCCAGCAGCAGCUGCUCCAACAGCAGCAAGGCUUGGAUGAGAGACGGGACUCCACCCUCACCUCCUCCUACACCAACACUUACCCCUCCUGCACCUCCUCCCUGGGGCCUGGGGUGGCUGGGCUGACAGGGCGAGCCGGGGGAGGUGGUGGGCAGGGGGAGGCUGAGGAGAUACCAAAGGCAGAUCAGCAUAUGAGGCAACAGCAGCAGAUCCACAGUGGGAAUCCUCUGAGCCUGCCCACAGGAGGGGAGAGCAUUGUUUCAGCCAGCUGUGAGUCCUAUGCCAAUGGCCAGAGCCAGGCGUACCCUCAGCAACGGGAGUCCUUCGUGCUUUCUCAAUCCAACAUCCCUGCUGCUGCUUUGGCAAUUAUGGCCCACACCAAAAUGUUCCCAAUUAGUCAGAGCAGAGGAGUUCCGAAUGUGCUUAUUGGUCAGAGUAGUGGGAUUUCCGGCAUGUCCAUUGGCCAAAGUGGUGGUGGGGCUCCUGAUGGUCAGCAGACUUACGUUCAGCCUGUUGCCAUGCCAACACAGGUUUCACCAGAUAUACCACAGCAGUAUUCACAGUCAUACCACUCAGAUGGGUCACAGAUUGCACAAAUGGCCCCUUCGCUGUCCUACGCACCCCCAGUCUCCCCCCAAGCCCAGCUCAACAUCCUCCCAGCUCCUAUGUUAGCGGGGGACCCAACAGGACGAGUGGGGGCCAUGGUCCCUCUCCCACAACAGGCCCAGGCCAACGUCACUCCCAAUGUCAUCCAGAUGACACCCCAGCCUUUAACCCAGCAAGCACUGCCUGACAUGAUCCCACAGCAGCAGACCAUUGUUCAACAACAACAACAACAACAGAUACUGAUUGAGCAACAGCAGCAGCAGCAAAUGGAGGCUCAACAAGCCGCCCUGCUUCAGCAUCAUCAACAACAACAUCAACAACAGGCCAGUGUAAUUCCCCAGAACCAGGCGGUACAGCAACAGAUGGAACAACAGCAGCAGCAACAGCAGACUAUAGCAAUCCAACAGCAGCAAACUACUGAGCCACAGCAGCAAGUGUAUGUGCAGCAAGCUUUGGUUCAGCAGCAUCAGGCCUUACUACAACAACAACAACAAUCAAUGGAACAACAGCAGCAUCAGGCCUUACUACUACAACAACAACAAUCAAUGGAACAACAGCAGCAUCAGGCCUUACUACUACAACAACAACAAUCAAUGGAACAACAGCAGCAUCAGGCCUUACUACAACAACAACAACAAUCAAUGGAACAACAGCAGCAUCAGGCCUUACUACAACAACAACAACAAUCAAUGGAACAACAGCAGCAUCAGGCCUUAUUACAACAACAACAACAAUCAAUGGAACAACAGCAGCAUCAGGCCUUACUACAACAACAACAACAAUCAAUGGAACAACAGCAGCAUCAGGCCUUACUACAACAACAACAACAAUCAAUGGAACAACAGCAGCAUCAGGCCUUAUUACAACAACAACAACAAUCAAUGGAACAACAGCAGCAUCAGGCCUUACUACAACAACAACAACAAUCAAUGGAACAACAGCAGCAUCAGGCCUUACUACAACAACAACAACAAUCAAUGGAACAACAGCAGCAUCAGGCCUUACUACAACAACAACAACAAUCAAUGGAACAACAGCAGCAUCAGGCCUUACUACUACAACAACAACAAUCAAUGGAACAACAGCAGCAUCAGGCCUUACUACAACAACAACAACAAUCAAUGGAACAACAGCAGCAUCAGGCCUUACUACAACAACAACAACAAUCAAUGGAACAACAGCAGCAUCAGGCCUUACUACAACAACAACAACAAUCAAUGGAACAACAGCAGCAUCAGGCCUUACUACAACAACAACAACAAUCAAUGGAACAACAGCAGCAUCAGGCCUUACUACAACAACAACAACAACAACAAUCAAUGGAACAACAGCAGCAUCAGGCCUUAUUACAACAACAACAACAAUCAAUGGAACAACAGCAGCAUCAGGCCUUACUACAACAACACCAACAAUCAAUGGAACAACAGCAGCAUCAGGCCUUAUUACAACAACAACAACAAUCAAUGGAACAACAGCAGCAUCAGGCCUUACUACAACAACAACAACAAUCAAUGGAACAACAGCAGCAUCAGGCCUUACUACAACAACAACAACAAUCAAUGGAACAACAGCAGCAGCAACAACAGGGAUUGUCAUUGCAGCAACAGCAAUUGGAUCAAACCCAAGCCUAUGCGCAACCACCGCAAAUUGACGUACAACAGCAGCAACAACUGCAGCAGCAGCAACAGCAGAAAAUAUUGUUACUACACCAACAACACCAGAUAGAACAUCAGCAACAACAACAAGCAAUGUUACUAGAGCAACAACAGCAAGUGUACAUACAACAGCAGCUUGAGCAACAGCAGCAACAGGCUUUGCUACAACAGCAACAACAGGCGCAACUACAACAGCACCAACUGGAGCAGCAGCAAGCGUUGUUACAACAGCAGAUAUUUGAGCAACAGCAGCAGCAAGCUCUGUUACAACAGCAGCAACAAGAGCAGCAGCAACAGCAAGCCUUAAAGCAACAGCAACAACAGGCACAACUACAACAGCAUCAGCUAGAGCAACAGCAAGCGCUCCUACAGCAACAACAGCAACAACAGCAACAACAACAACAACAACAACUGGAGGCUCACCAAGUGAGCCAGAUACAACAACCACAAAUGGAUUUACAACAGCUGCAACAACAACAGCAAGCUGUACUGAAACAACCGACCCAACUACAACAACAGGCGGUCGUCAGUCAUCCAGUCAACCCACAGCACCAGCAGGCUGUGCUUCAGCAACAGUUGGAACAACAGCAAGCCAUGCUACAACAGCAACAGCUUCAACAGCAACAAGUGAUUUUACAGAAGCAGCAAUUAGAGCAACAACAGCAGCAAGCUCUGUUACAACAACAGAUUGAACAACAACGGCAACAGCAGGCAUUGCUACUGCAACAACAAGCGGAGAGAAUUAACCAACAGGGUUUGUUACAACAGCAGCAGCAACAGAUUCAACAACAGCAAGAGACUGGGCAACCGCAGCAGCACCAGCAAACCACCAUAAUUCAAGUACAACAAAGCGAGAAACAAGAGACCGCUUUAAUUCUGCAACAAUGUGAGCAGCUGCAAGCAUUGAUUCAACAACAACAACCUAUCUUACUGGAGCAACAACAAGAGCAAAACCCUGCUUUGUUUCCACCUAGUCACACUAGCCUAACCCAGCAGCAACUGACAGAACAACAGCAAGUGGUGCUGAUACAACAACAACAACAACUACAACAACAACAACAAAAACAACCUAUCUUACUGGAGCAACAACAACAGGCGUACGUUGCCCAGCAACAUCAGCAGCACCAUCAGAGCUCUGUCAUUGAACCUCAGCCUCAGAUCCCCCUUAUGGCCCCAGCCAUACCAGCAGCAGAGGUUAUACAGGACAUUCAGGUCCAAGCUCAGAUGGCCGCCCAGGGUCAGGAAGUGAUACCUGUAGCCAUUCAGCUACAGAUUUCCAGCCAAGCUCUACCGGCUAUAGUGCAAGCCCAUGCCCAAGUCCUGGCCCAGAUUCAAGCUCGGAAUGAAGCUCACCCUCAGAGCCAGGGCAAUGUCUCAGUCCCAGUACUCCAAGCCCAGCCCCAGCCUCCACACCAAGUUCAGCCCCAGAUGAUCGAGGUCCAGAUUCCAUCUCACAUGGUGGCCCCAAUCCAGGCACCAAGUCCUCCCAUCCCUAUCCAGCCUCAGGUUCCUCUGGUACAGGCUCCCCAUCAGAUGCCAGCUCUAAUACAGACCCAGGCGCCAGGGCAGUCAGUCAUCCAGCAGACUCCCCAGCCUUUGCACCCAACCCAGGCCCUGACUCAGACUCAGAUUCCAGAAGUUCUUGAGGCUCAGAUGAUGCCUCCUAAGCAUCAGAGCACAGCUCUGGUCCAACCCCAACCUCCAGUCUCAAUACCCCCCAUGCAAAGCCAGGUCCAGCCUCAACCCCAGCACCAGUCUUUAGUGCAGCCCAGUGUUCAACUUCCAGAGGUGGUGCAGCCUCAACUCCAGCACCAGGCUCCGGCCGGCCUAUUGGCACCGCAGUAUGUCACUGCACUUCAGCCCACCCAACAGCAAACCAUGCAGCCAGUCCAACAGCAACAUCAGGACAUCACUCAACAACUUUUACAACAACAACAACAGCAGAUACUGAAGGAUAAACAACAGGAGAUCACUCAACAAGUACCACAACAACAACAACAGCAGAUACUGAAGGAUCAACAACAGGAGAUCACUCAACAAGUACCACAACAACAACAACAGCAGAUACUGAAGGAUAAACAACAGGAGAUCACUCAACAAGUACCACAACAACAACAACAGCAGAUACUGAAGGAUCAACAACAGGAGAUCACUCAACAAGUACCACAACAACAACAACAGCAGAUACUGAAGGAUCAACAACAGGCGAUCACUCAACAAGUACCACAACAACAACAGCAGAUACUGAAGGAUCAACAACAGGAGAUCACUCAACAAGUACCACAACAACAACAACAGCAGAUACUGAAGGAUCAACAACAGGAGAUCACUCAACAAGUACCACAACAACAACAACAGCAGAUACUGAAGGAUCAACAACAGGAGAUCACUCAACAAGUACCACAACAACAACAACAGCAGAUACUGAAGGAUCAACAACAGGAGAUCACUCAACAAGUACCACAACAACAACAACAGCAGAUACCGAAGGAUCAACAACAGGAGAUCACUCAACAAGUACCACAACAACAACAACAGCAGAUACUGAAGGAUCAACAACAGGAGAUCACUCAACAAGUACCACAACAACAACAACAGCAGAUACUGAAGGAUCAACAACAGGAGAUCACUCAACAAGUACCACAACAACAACAGCAGAUACUGAAGGAUCAACAACAGGAGAUCACUCAACAAGUACCACAACAACAACAGCAGAUACUGAAGGAUCAACAACAGGAGAUCACUCAACAAGUACCACAACAACAACAACAGCAGAUACUGAAGGAUCAACAACAGGAGAUCACUCAACAAGUACCACAACAACAACAACAGCAGAUACUGAAGGAUCAACAACAGUUCCUGCUGCAGAACCAGCAGAUGAUGCUGUCCCCUGGAUCUGUUGGAACUGUCCUUGCAGCCCCUGCAGCCAAGGUCAUAGACCCUACCACCUUGGUCUCUGCUUCGUCCCAACACAUACAACAACAGACUGGACAAGCUCCAGCCCCCAUCCAGCUGGCUCUGCUGACGCAGCCGCUACCCGCCCACACACACACCCAGACGGCCAUGCAAGCUCUCGCAAACACUCACACCCAGACACUGGCCCAGACAAAGGUCCACACCGAGACCCAGCUCGCUGAGGCCGCAUUGGGGGCUACCACCACCGAGCAACUGCACCCUCCGAAUCCCCCCCAGGCUACUUCCCUCCCUCUUCCACACAUGCCCCCCUGCCCCACUCAUACAGCAUCUCACCCCCACCCUGCCUCCCUGCCACCCCUCCGUCCUGCUACCCCUGGCCCAGAGACCCAGCCCACCCCACCAGAGAGUCAGCUAACCCUGCCUGGCCUGGCUGAUGGGCCCCCGGGACCCACUUCUCCCCCGUCUGUUGCCGCCGCUGCUGCUCAGCCCCUUGAUUCUAACGCCCCCUCGCUGCUGCCCCCAACCUCAACCUCGCUCCCAGACUGUGACCCUGCUCUGCUGAGCAUUGCUCAGGAGAGUCUGAAACAGUCUGGCACAGAGGGACACUCCACUUCAGGCUCUGUUCCAGACAAUGGGGAUGGGGAUUUACAGAUGUUGGCCAAUGGGAAACUAGAGAGGGUGAAGUCUCAGAGGAGAUUGUCCUAUCGGGGGCCAGAAAAAGGAUCACAUGCAUUUCAACUGACCAUGAUUCAGGUGUCCGGCUCUGGGGACAACAUGGUGGAGUGUCAGCUGGAAACCCACAGCAACAAGAUGGUCACCUUCAAGUUCGACACUGAGGGAGACGCACCUGAAGACAUUGCAGAUUACAUGGUGGAGGAGGAUUUUGUCCGUGAAUCAGAGAAAGAGACAUUCGUGGAAGAGCUGAGGUCCAUUGUCAAGAGAACUCAGGAAAUUCUCCUCACACAUCAACAGACUGGCUCUAUGGAACAGCUGUAUGUGAGCACUCCAACAGGCACAGCAAUGGACGGGGCGCCCCAGUCGUCUCCGGUGGGCAGAUGGAGGUUCUUCAUCAACCAGACCAUCAGACACAGAGACUCCACAUCAAACCAGGGAGGAGCGUCAACCCCUCCACCUCUCUCGACCAGCGAGGUCAGGGUGCCUCAGCCUACAGACACUGACCCAGAUGGUCACUCUAGAGGCAGCCAGGCAGUCAGAGAGGGAGCUUCCUCCAACCCUACCCACUCACUCAAGGGACGAUUUCGGGUCACCGCAGUGCCCCAGCUCCCCGAGGCCUCUCCCCCCAAAGAGGCAGCCUCCGGUAUAGGCAGCAGUCACAGGAAAGUGGGGCGCUUCUCUGUCACCCAAACGAAGGCCCAAAGAGAGGAGAAAGAGCUAACAGACAGCUCCCCUGUGUCUCCUGACCUGGAGAGAGAAAGGAGGAGGGCCCGAGGGAAAGAGGGAGAGGAAGGGAAGAAGAAUGCAGCACUGAGCCACCCACCCCGAGGACAUGGGCAUGGUCACUCACCCCUAGGCAGUAGUGAUGAUGAGGAGAGUGAAAUGGGGGAUGAAGACCUGAGGAAGGAGCUGCACAAGAUGAGAGAGAAACACAUCAAGGAGGUGGUGUCCCUGCAAGCUCAGCAGAACACAGAGCUCCAGGAGCUGUACAAACAGCUCCGCUCCCUCCAAGAGCACCGGCCGACCCUGCCUCUGCCCUGCACCCCAACCCUCCCCUCGGGAGCGCCAGCCCUCUCCCCCCGCAGGCCCCGCACGGCCAAAGCCAAGCUCCGGCCCAGACCCCACUCCCACAUAGACAACAAUGGAGUCACUGGUCACCCUGGUAUCCAGCAGUCCAGUAGUUUUUCAGGCGGAGAACAGAGCAGACUACCACCGUACUGCAACCCAGAACACACCAACCUACUGACUACUAAAAGAGACCACAGUCCUCCCUCCCAAGGUGCCAGGAAGAGCACGUUCACAGAUGACUUGCACAGACUGCUUGAUGAUUGGACGAAGGAGACAGUGGGUCCCACCCAUCCCAAGCCCUCGCUCAAUCAGAUCAAGCAGAUUCAGCAGGUGCAGGAGUUGAGAGGCUGGCCACAGCCCACAGAGGUGGCUCCUCCAGGUUGGUUCCCUGUGGCACCACUGAACCCCCAGGCCUCCCCAGCCCCAGCUCAGUACACUGCUGGGGGGAGCCAGUGGAGCGGGGUGGGGGGACCACCAGGUUCACAGCAACAACAACAACAAACGCACAUGCCUCAAGUCCCACAGCUGCAGCAAAGUUUACAUCUCCAGCAAGCCCAGCCUCCUCACCCAUUACAGAUACAGCCCUUUCAGCAAUCACCUCUAUGCCUAGAACAACAGCCCCUAAUCCAGACUCCACUACUGUCUCAGUCCCUGGCUCCUGUACAGCCACAGACUGGGCAACAACAGAUACCCAAGCAGCCCAAUGUAGGUGUAGGAGCCUCACCACAGAAUCAGAAUCAACCUCUGUUGCCUUCCCAGAUACCCCAAAUGGCCCCGUCAUCUGAGCUGGCCCUAGCGCAGCCUGGGUGUCUGAUUCCUGGGUCUAGCGCAACCGAGGUGGUGGGAACCAUAGACACUGGACCUGCUGCUGCCACCAGUGUCCCCGGAGGGACAUUCUGCUCCUCGUCCUGCUGCUCUGCUACUGCUCAACCAUCCAGUGCCAAACUUCACCCCACGCCCCCAACCUCAACUCUUCCUCUGGGACAGCAGUGAAAUGAAGAAAAUAAAAAAAGGGAAGAGUGAUGUCGAUUAUGAUGGAACGAGGGAAGGAGAAAAAAGAUGGAGAGUGUGUAUGUUAUGAGAGGUAAAUGUCUGAGAAUGAGAAAAUGGACGCCAGUGGGUUUGUAAAGUUGAGAUGGGGAGUGAAUGAGAGAGAUGGUUGAGUCUAUGUAGAGUAUGUAGAGUAGAGUAUGUACAGACAGAGGGGAAAUUUGGAACUCUGGUGGGGUUAUUGUUGUGUUUGAGUGUUGAGAUGUACAAACUUGCGUAACGUUUGUGUGUGUAUUUGUGUGUGUGUGUUUGUGUUGCCAUUGAUUUUCUCAAUACAUAUCUCUUGUGUGUUUUGACACCAAGUAACAGUCAUGUUAUUUUUUUAAAUCCAACUAAUUUGGACCCUGAACUCUGCUCCCAAGCAGAGACAUGAAGGAACACAAACAUUAUGACAUUAUUAUUGUAUUUUUUAUUUGUCAAUGCUUACUUAUAUUGAAAAGGACUAUGGAUUUUAGAAGUGCAAUUACUAACUGUCAUCUAAAUGUUAUCAUCCUGUAUUGUUUGUAAGGCAUUUAACAAAAUAUUUUUGUAGAAGCACGUUGACAACAAUCAACCAGACAUUUACAAGCCAAUACAGUGAGCCAACAUCUUACAUGAACAUAGCACAAAUGUUUCAACUGGCUCCCAAUGAGACGUAAAGCAGUUACAACAACAGCAUGUUACAGUAACACCACAGAGCAUGGUAAUAAUGGUGCUACCUGGCUAUUAUCACUACCACAAUGUCACUAAGCAUACUGUUGUACGGUGUAGUGCACUGGCAAGGCAUGUACUUUGUGUAUUGUUAUAUUUUACAUUGAUAAGUUGUGGUAACAACUAGGUUAGAAGAUUUAAAAUAACACGUUGAUGAGUAACAUGAUUAAAUUCUGAUCAAUUGAUUUCCUUAA